AGAACGAGCGAGGAGAAACUUCGCCACACGUGGAUAUCGGAGCAGAAAGAGCGUGUUAGCUGCAACUUUUGAUACGAAACCAUCGCUUUGAUAUAUUUUUGAAGCUUUAAAACAAUAACGUCGAGAUGUUUCUGCAGUUUUACCUCAACGAGGAAGGGGACAGAGUCUACACUCUGAAUAAGAGUACUGUUGGAGGGGAUCCCACCAGCUCGGCCCACCCCGCUCGUUUCUCCCCAGACGAUAAGUUCUCCCGACACAGGGUGACGGUGAAAAAACGCUUCAACCUCCUCCUGACCCAGCAGCCCAGACCUGUCUUGUGAGCAGGUGGUGAACAGAUGGACGGGUGGAAAUCAGACCGAGGGAUGCAGGCCUGGAUGGGACUGUAAAGAAAACAAAUUCAGAAUCACAUCUUAUAAACAUAAAACUGGGAUUUGUUUUGCGUUUCAUUUGUGGACAUCAGCUGUUGUUGUGGAUCUUUUCUUUUUUUAUAUAUACUGUAAUUUGUUGGCAUUCAUUCGAGGAUGAAGAUAUAUUUUUGUUUUCUUGCUGAAUAAAUGAUUGGAUUAAUA